CGGGUAAGUUUUGUAAGGCGUUGAACGUGUUCAGUUAUGUAUUUUCUACAAUGUUAGAAAAGGAGUUCCACGGGGAUCUGCAACUAACUUUUCAAUUUUCCGAUUGUCAGAAUGCCUUGUGAGGUGAAGCCCCGGUUCCUGGUUCUGUACGGGUCUCAGAAAGGCCAGGCACAGUCCAUAGCCGAGGGGAUAGCUGACGAGGCUGAGGAGAGGGGACUGGUUGCUGACAUCUACUGCUUGAGUGAAGGAGGGAAGUUUAACUUGGAGAAGGAGAGUGCACCUGUGGUGUUUGUUGUGUCUACCACUGGGGAUGGGGACCCACCAGACACGGCCCUGAAGUUUGUGAAGAACAUAAAAAAAAAGACCCUGCCCAGCGACCACUAUUCACACCUCUGCUAUGCUCUUAUAGCUCUGGGUGAUACAAACUAUGAAAAUUUCUGCAACUGUGGGAAGACUAUUGAUGGCCGUCUACAGGAACUUGGUGCUAAACAUUUCUACGCAACAGGACAUGCAGAUGAUGGUGUAGGGCUUGAGUUGGUGUUGGACCCCUGGCUUGAAGGACUCUGGGAGGCCAUCAGAGGAGCGUUAUCCAAGAUGGCCACCCCUCAGCCUGAGAGGGAUGGCCAUGUAAGGGACCUGAGAGCAUCGUUGAACAAAACACCCGAAUUGUCAGUGACAGAUGUCAAACUCCACCUCAUGAGUCUUAAAGAAUCAGAACCUCAGAGCUCUGGCUCACUCAGAACAGCAGCAGAGUCAGAGAGUACUAAGACUGAGCCCAAAUCAGCUUCUCUGAAUGUUACAGAAGCAGCCUCUGAGACAGGGAGUGCAGUUACUGAUGUUAGACCAGUGUCAUUGACCAGCAACAAUAGGACUGCUCCUAAACUAGAUGGUGUUGUCACUGAUCCUGAGUCAGUGUUAGAGACACAGAGUGGAGCACCCUCUGCUGUUGUAGAGGCCUCUCUGACAUGCUCCUUGCCUCCACUGUCUGAAUCUGUCCUCAAUGUCCCUGCUCUGCCUCCAGCCUACCUGGAUGUCACGCUCCAGGAAGCCACCAUAGAAGAAGAGACCAGUGCUCCGGUCAGUAAGGAAACCCUACACGAGGUUCCGAUCUCCAGGGCAGUCCAGUUGACCAGAGAUGACUCGGCUAAAACAGCCCUUCUGAUAGAGCUGGACAUCUCGGCCCAUCCGAUGGCCUACCAGCCUGGGGACUCGCUUGACGUUCUCUGCCCAAACAGAGCCUCUGAGGUGGGGGAGCUUCUCCAGAGACUCUGCCUGCAGGACCAGAGGAGCCACCGUGUCCAGCUCUCACUGCGCAAAGACACCAAGAAGAAAGCUGCUCAUCUCCCCUCCUACAUCCCAGAGAACAGCACUCUAACCUACAUGCUCACCUGGAGUCUGGAGCUCAGGACUGUCCCUAAGAAGGCAUUUCUUCGUUCCCUGGUAGAGUGUACAGAAGACAGUGGCGAGAGGAGGAGACUACAGGAGCUGUGUAGUAAACAGGGAUCAGCCGACUACAACCUCUAUGUCAGAGACCCCAGCCUCGGAGUACUGGACCUGCUCAGGGCUUUUCCUGCCUGCCAACCCCCUCUCAGUCUUCUCAUAGAACAUUUGCCUAAACUGCAACCAAGACCGUACUCGGCGGCAAGCUCCAGUUUCAGACAUCCAGGUCAGCUGCACUUUGUGUUCAACGUCAUAGAGUUCCCAGCAUGCACUUGGAGACCUACGGGGAGGCAGGGCCUGUGUACUGGUUGGCUCUCUGACCUCGUCAACCCCAUUCUGUUGAACCCUAGGAAGGCUCAGCCCUCCACCACCCCGACCCUCCCUAAGGUCUUUGUGAGUCUGCGUGAGAACUGCUCCUUCCGCCUGCCCUCUGACCUCUCAAAACCCCUCAUCAUGAUUGGACCAGGCACCGGCGUCGCGCCCUUCAUUGGUUUCCUACAACAAAGGGAGAAGGAGAGGGAGGAAAACCCGGAGGCAGAGUUUGGUGAGACCUGGCUGUUCUUCGGUUGUCGCCAUAGAGAUCGAGACUUCCUGUUUAGAGAGGAGCUGCAGGGGUUUGUGGGUAAAGGAACCCUGAACCAUCUGAAAGUGUGUUUCUCGCGAGACACUCAGAUGGGGACAGAGACCAAGACAGGUCCUAGAUACGUCCAACAUAACCUGCUCCUCCAUGCCAAAGAUCUCACCAACCUCCUCCUCAAGGAGAAUGGAUACCUCUACGUCUGCGGUGAUGCUAAGAACAUGGCUAAAGACGUGAACGAAACCCUGAUAGAGAUGAUAUCAGCAGAGCUUCAGCUGGAUAAACUAGAUGCCAUGAAGAGAUUGGCUGGACUCAGGGAGGAGAAACACUAUUUACAGGACAUAUGGUGCUGAGUGGAUGAAUCUUCAACAUAUCUUAUGUCACAGACCGAAAAGAUCCAUAUAGAAUUUUAGUGGGCCAUUCAUUUCCUUUAAGCAACACAAGCUGACCAUAUGCAUGUUGUUCCUCUUGCCUCAUUGCACCUGACCAUAAACUUCAUAAACUGACCAUAGAAGAUUGAGUUUCAAGUACUGUAGUUGUUUUAUAGUGGAAUUAUGCAAGACUAACACACUGCCUGUUUAGCUUACUCCUCAUCCUACUUCACAUUCUUGUCUUCCAAUACUUUUUUUGCUGUGUGCAAAAAUGUGUCCAAAAUACAAAAGGUGUGUUUGCUUGAAAAGGUUUAAAGGUCUCUGAUGUAUUUCUUAUGCUCACUGUAUGAUGAUAAUGAGUGAUACCUAUCUUGGCACGCGUACAAGACGAGAUGAAACCCAUUCAGAGAUAACGAUCAAAGGUAAUGCAUUUUGAUUGAUAUGGCAUGAUUGUGUUUUUAAUUUGAGAAUAAUUCAAUUGUUCAAGGUGACUUUCCUCACUAGAUGAAGCUGUAGUCGGUGGUUAGUUAAUUGAAGGAUUUUCGCUAUGGGCCUUCCACCGUACCCUAGAGAGACUUCUCAGAAUUAAAUCUUCAGACACUGCUAGUCUUUUUAUAUCAGCAGGCCUCUCGUCAGGAUGGGAGAGGGAAAAGAUGUUGACAGUCUCCACAGCUGGGCUAGACUGGGCUGGGGCUCUGUAUGAGAAUGGAUGACAACAUCACACUCAAUAAAGCUUUGCCAAGUAAACAAA